AUGAUAUCUAAUUUUAUCAUUGUUCUAUUUGGUAUUGCAUUAGUUGGUAGUUCUUCAAUACCAAUUAUUCCUGUAUCGAAAUAUGUACCAACUUCUAUUCAUAAAUAUUCAUCAGGUUUAAAUUAUUAUUGGAAUUUAUUACUCGAUGAUGAUAGUCUUUAUGUUGGUGGACAAAAUUUAAUCGUUCGAUUAGAUCGAGAUAAUAUUGAAGAUCGAACAAGUCCAAUUUAUAAAUCAAUUGAUCUUCCAUCAAAACGAGAUGAAGUACAAAAAUGUUUAUCACAUUCAUUAAAUCAGGCUUUUGAUUGUGAAAAUCAUGUUCGAGUAUUAUUACGACGUAAAACAAAAUAUAAUGAUAUAUUUGUAUGUUCAACAAAUGCAUUUUCACCAAAACUUUAUUAUUUUAAUCCUGAUUUAACUGAAAAACAAGGAAGUAAAGAAGGUUUUGGUUAUUGUUCACGAGAUCCUCGUCAUAAUAACACUGCUCUUUGGUCAGAUGAAGGUAAUCCACAAAAUUAUGGAUUUUUUUAUACGGGUGCUGUUAUUGAUUAUACAAAAACUGAGCCAAUUAUUUAUCGACCACCAUCUGAUGAUGGAAAUAUUAAAUUUUUACGUACUCCUCAAUAUGAUACAGAUUGGUUGAGUGCACCCGAAUUUAUUGCUUCAUUUGAUGUUGAUUCAAAUAUAUAUUUUUUCUUUCGAGAAAAAGCUGAAGAACAACGUGAUAUAUUUCCAAAAAUUUAUUCUCGUGUUGGUCGUUUAUGCAAAAAUGAUAUUGAUACAGCAACAAUUAUGGCUAAUACAUGGACAACAUUUCGUAAAGCAAGAAUAACUUGUUUAAGUGGUGUAAAUGAUUCACCUUUUGUAUUCAAUGAUAUAAAUGCUGUGACAAAACUACAUGAUGAUCGAUUUUUUGUUUCAUUUACUAGUUCACCAGGUGAUUUAACAACAUCAAUUAUUUGUGAAUAUUCUCGACGUGAUAUUGAUUCGAUCCUCGAUGGAAAUUUUAAAGAAGCUGAUUCAAGUAGUUUUUGGAGAGAACUACCACGUGAUCAUGUACCAGAUGGCGUACCAAAAAAUUGUGAAUCAAAUGGAUCAUUGUCAGAUACAGUUUUAAGUUUUCUUCGUUCACACGUUCUUAUGAAUGGAAAUGUAUAUUCAUCACCACCAUUAGAAAUAGCAUUUCAAAUACCAAAUAUAAUUAUAACUCGUCUUGUUACAGAUUCAAUUAAUUAUAAUAAUGAUAAUCAAAUAACAUUAAUUUAUGCUGGUACACAAGAUGGACAAGUUUUAAAAUUAGUACAAAAGAAAAAAGGUGAAAAAUUUAUUUUAUUAACAUCAUGGAUAUUAGAUGAAAAUAAUAAUGAAAAAUCACCUGUUAGAAAUAUGGUUCUUGCUCAAGAUACAAAACAAUUAUAUGUAUCAACAGAUAUAGCAGUUUAUCAAUUUUCAGUUAAUCAAUGUAAUCGUUAUAUGCUUUGUGUAGAGUGUGAACGUGAUCCAUUAUGUCAUUAUGAUGUACAAUCAAAUCGAUGUUUAAAUGUGGAUGACAAUAAUCAAAAACUUGCUAUUGCUCGUUUACAACCAGAAUCUUGGUGUAAAAAAUCUGUACAACGACCAAGUAAAAUACUUCAAUUAACAAGAAAAAAAGGUGAAACUGUUUGGUUACAAUGUGAUGUUAGUGAACAUUUACGUUCAUCUAUUGAAUGGCGUUGGAAUGGUCGAAAUAUUCAAGAUACAUUAUUUAAUAAUUUUCUUUUAACAAAAGAACAAAAUUUAAUUAUUAUUAAUAUGAAUACUUCACUUAAUGGUCAAUAUACUUGUUUUAUUGGUCAUCAACCAAUUGUUUCAUAUUCACUUGAAACAGAUCGAAAUUCAUUUGUAUAUGGAGAUGUUGCGUCAACGGUUACAAAUUUAUCUCGACGUAAUGGCGAAUGUAAUUGUUUAACAGCUGAAAAAUAUAUUGAAAAAUACAAUGAUUGGUGUAAAGAAUUUGAAAAUUAUCAACGUGCUUAUAAUGAAUGGGAAAUUUUACGAGAUCAAAGUUGUCCUAAACCUUAA